AUGUCGGCGUCCUUGGUCCGCGCCAGAGUGUGGGCCUUGAGCAAGAGGAAGCUGCAGGCCAUGUGGGCGGCGCUGACGCUGACCCCCUCAACUGUGAACAAGAUCAAACAGCUUCUUAAAGACAAGCCAGAGCAUGUGGGUCUGAAAGUUGGUGUGCGAACCAGGGGCUGUAAUGGCUUCUCCUACAACCUAGAGUAUACAAAGACAAAAGGAGAUUCUGAUGAAGAAGUUAUUCAUGAUGGAGUCAGAGUGUUCAUCGAAAAGAAAGCACAGUUAACCCUUUUAGGAACAGAAAUGGACUAUGUGGAAGACAAACUGUCCAGUGAGUUUGUUUUCAAUGACCCCAACAUCAAAGGGACUUGUGGCUGUGGUGAAAGCUUUAGUAUUUGAAACCUCAGGACUCCAAGCUCCAGGAGAGCCGGGAUCUACCUGGGAGCUCACUGAAGAGAUCAUGUGAUUGUCAUGUGCUCAGUGUUUAUAAUGUGUGGCCACCUCAUGGGGAAAAGUAAAGUGAUGCAUUUUGGA